AUGAAGGACCUCUCCCUCUUCCUCCUCAAGAACUCCUUAGCAUCGAAAAUGAAGCGAGGAUUCCGAAGCUUCUGCCACGGCGCGGGGUCGACAUCGACUCUAAACCAGCAAAAGCCCUUCGCGAACUUCUCCUGUGUCGACGAGUCGAGCGACGUGACCGGAAGCCCCGCCACGCUCGAAGAAAUGAUCCUGAAGCUGGACUUAGAGGAAGAAGCGGUGAGAAGAAGAGCCAAGCUCGACGAGUACGGCAACGCUCACCGGAGGAUGUCGUGCGUGAACAACUCCGACAUACUACGGUCGGCGAGGAACGCGCUGAAUCAGUACCCGCGGUUCUCGCUAGACGGGAAAGACGCGAUGUACCGGUCGUCGUUUAGGAAUUUGGGCAAGGAGGUCGAUUUGGGGAAGACGCUGACGCUGCCGCCGACGCUGGCGGGGGAAAAAGUCGUGUGGUGCAAGCCGGGGGUGGGGGCGAGGAUGGUGAGGAGUAGGAAGGAGAGGUUGAGGAGGAUGGGGAGGAGGGAGUUGGAGAGGGAGAGGAUAAACAUGGCUAUGCAUGGUACUACGUGGAGGAAUAGUAAUAGUAGUAAUUUUACUACAAAGGUGGUGGUGGGGAGGGAUAAGGGGUUGGGUUUGGGCCCGUGCGCGGUUGGUGCGAAUUCCGGUUUGAGUCCGGUUGCGGUCGAGCCCGGAAUUGGUGAGGUGGAUUGGCGGUUCCGGCGCGCUCGUUAG